AUGUCCGCCCCUCGCCAGAUAUCGCAACCCCCCACAACCCCUCCCUCGCCCUUCACCUUUGACUCUGUCCCGAAGGCUAUCGAAGCAUACAAGAAUGGCGAGUUUGUCGUUGUGAUGGAUGACGAAGGGAGGGAGAAUGAGGGAGACCUAGUCUGCGCAGCUGGAAAGGUGACCACGGAGGGGAUGGCAUGGAUGAUCCGAUGGACCAGCGGCUUCAUCUGCCUCUCAUUACCCGCUCCACGACUCGCCGAGCUCGGCCUCCCCCCUCUCCUCCCCCCAACAGGCAUCUCCCAAGAUCCCAAAAACACCGCCUACCACCUUACCCUCGACGCCUCCUCCUCGGCCGGACACCCGGUCACGACGGGUAUAUCCGCACAUGACAGAGCGUACGUCUCGAGGCUGAUAGCGGAUGGAGCGGGGGAGGCGGACUUUACCCGUCCGGGACACUUGGUCACGCUGAGAUAUACCGAGGGGGGCGUCAGGGAGCGGAGGGGACAUACGGAGUGUGCUGUUGACUUGUGUUAUCUCGCCUCGCUGCCCCCGGCUGGUCUGCUGUGCGAGCUGGUCCACCCCUCAGACCCCUCCGGGAGCAUGGCACGCCGAGACGAUAGCUGGCGGUUUGCAAGGGAGUGGGGAUUGAAGAUCAUCAGUGUGGAAGAUUUGGCGGCCUUUGUGCAAGGGGAAGGAGGAGAGCUGGUGCCUAAGCGGACCAAGGCAUAG